UCCUCCAUAAACUAACCCCCCCCCCUAGACUAUCUUUUAAGAGAGGGCCGAGACUUCGCCCUCUACCGGCACCGACACCGACGGACAGCAAACUGAUGACGUGGUUCGGUCCGUCGACCAGAGCAGCAGUAUGGCCGACCAGAGCAGGCAAAUCAAACUCGCUGCAGCUAAGAAAAAGCUGAAGGAGUUUCAGCAGAAGAGCUCCCCUGCAAGUGUGGGAGGAGAAAAGGGUGGAGGAGGUGGAGGUGGAGGAGGUGCAGGGGCCAAGAAGAAGAGGAAAGGGAAAGGGCCGAAUCAACACGAUGCAGCUUCGACAGACAGAAACUCUCCAGUUAAUUUUGACCGUAUUUUGAAAGCAUUUACUCAAAGCAAUGGAGUAGUCCUCCCUCCUUAUGGCAACAGUCAGGCGUUUGCUGACAUGGAGGUCAUGGGCUCCUCAGAUCCACAGCUACUGGAGGACCCAUCGGCCGAGCCUGGUCGUGUCUCACCUGUAUCUAACACUGCUAGCCCUAACACUGCUACUAACUCUGAGUCUGCCGGUCACAACUCUGACCUGCAGGACUAUCCUGAUACCAAUGGCAAUGAGAGUUUAACAGAAGAAAACAGACCGUUGUCUUCCACUGAGAGCCUGCGACAGCUCUCCCAGCAGCUGAAUGGCCUGGUCUCUGAGGUACGACUUAAAAACCUCUGCUGUCAUAAUGUCCUCUCUUUCUCUCUCUUUCUCUCUCUCUCUCUCACACACACACUUCUGUGA